CAAUAUUUUCCAAUUUGUUGAACGUCUUCUCGAGGAUCUUGGCAUACGAGAGAAAAAAGCAGGAGGAAAGGAUGAGGAGAAGAAUAGAGUAUGCAGAAAGAAGGAUGGAGGAGCACCCAGUUUCAAGACCGGUAUGCGGAAAGGGAACGGGCAAAGUUGAUGAAAGAGUGGGAUGAGGCUCAAGUGCGCAAGUCUGCGAUUUGGGCAGAAAGACUGAAGGUGAAGGGUGUGGUGGUAUAUCAUGAUAGAAUGACACGGGAAUCAUUCUUGAAAUUACUUCCCUCCAAGUCGUUGAUUUCAAUGUUUGAGCUAAAGCACCCAUUCGGCAGUAAAGGAGCAGUUGCCAAAGAACUAACGGAGCUAUGCUCAUAUGCAACGAUGUACUAUAAGGACAUCCUGACCUCACGGACACAAGGAGCGGCAAUCACACUGGAGGUACAGGAAGGAAACAGGCACUGGGAAAACACCUCAAUCAAUUUCAACUUGUCUCAGUCAGGCAGAUUGGAUUUGGAUCGGCUAGUGACAGAACAAGAAGCCAAGGAAGCAUUAAAGGCAAUGGCCAAAGGAAAGGUGCCCGGAUGUGAUGGACUGCCAACGGAGUUGUAUGUUGAACUGUGGCAAACGAUAGGAGGAGAGCUGGUGGAGAUCUACAAUCAGGUGUUGACAGGAGGGAGGCUUGCAUCCAACAUGUGCAAAGGGGUCAUUUCGGUGCUGUUUAAAAAGGGAGAAAGAUCGGAAAUCAGAAAUUGGAGACCGGUGUCACUGCUGAACAUCUCCUACAAAAUCCUGGCAAACAUCUUGGCAAGAAACCAAGAAGAUUCACACAACAGGAGCUUUGGCAGAUCGUGGAUAGAGAAGGGAGUGCUCAGGAUCAGGGACAUACGGGAUAACUUUGUAAAGAACUGGAUGGCAAGCGGGGAACUGAAAACGAAGCUGGGACAGCUACGGGAAGUACAGGAAAGACUUGCAACAGUAAUAGAAGCAAUUCCGGAGGAAUGGAAGAUCUUGAUGUCUCCAGAAUCAGCGGCCUAUCCAGGCACCUGGUAUACUCAGCAAGAAGAGCAAGGGUUCAGUCUCGGGGAUCUCAAACAGACACAGACAGAGGAGAAAAGGAUCUUCCAGAAAUGGAAUCACCAGAAAAAGAAAAAGCUGGAGGUAGCAGAGCCAGGGUCUCAACCAAGAUUGGGUACUAUGGCCUUGUCCCAAGCCAGAGUGAUACCCCGUGACCAGGAGGGAACACGAGCGAUGGAAUUGGUAGCUAAUGGAAAGCUAAUAGCAGAGCUGAAACUGGAGAAUGUGGGAGUGGAGGGCUAUGGGAAGGCGAGGGGAGAACGUCUGUCUGUUCCAGUGAAACAUCCAGAAGUGGUGGCGAGGACACGAUGGUUGCAACUAUUGGCUAUGGACCCGGCACAGAUUAGCGAAGCCCUCGAUCAAAUGUUGUUGGGAACAACUGAAAGAGAUCCCAUGCCAAAGACAAGCAUCAACUUUGUGGCUGGUGUCAAUGGUGGCGACCCCCUCCGUGGUGUGGCUGGCGGAAAGGGGGAUGAAAGUGGAUCUGAAAUGCAUAAGCUGUGAUUGGGCUUUCGAAUCCACGAUUCAUUUGUGGUGGGAUUGUCCAGCCUCUUGCAUGA